CAAUGAGACAAAAUCUUCUUAGGUGUUCAAUAACAUUAUCAACUUCACACACACACACACACACACACACGAAACAUAUCGAUGAAGAAAAUAUCGGCAUGGUUUCGUAUAAUUCUGCUCUCAAUAAUAAUACACUCAGCCUCAGCUUCUGACUCAGAUCCAUUACAAGACUACUGCGUACCGAGACCCGACCUUUCACCCAUUUUCCUCGCCUGCAAGAACUCGUCUCUCGUCACAGUCGAAGAUUUCGUCUUCUCCGGCAUAAAGUCCGCCGGAGAUUCCAAAAAAACGGGAUUCUCCUCAAUUCCGGUAACCGCAGCCGUUUUCCCCGGUCUGAACACACUAGGCGUGUCAUUCGUACGCGCGGACUUUGAAGUCGGAGGAGUGAAUGUGCCCCACUAUCAUCCACGAGCCACCGAAGUUGCUUUUGUGGUUGAGGGAAAGAUUUAUUCGGGAUUUGUCGAUUCGAAAAAUAGGGUUUUCGCCAAAGUGCUGGAGAAGGGCGAUGUCAUGGUUUUCCCUAGGGGUUUGCUGCAUUUUCAGAUGAACGUUGGAAAUUCGAGGGCUUCGAUUAUCGGGAGUUUUAAUAGCCAGAAUCCCGGUUUGGUGAAAAUUCCGUCUGCGGUUUUCGGGUCGGGUAUUAUGGAGGGGGUUUUGGAGAAGGGUUUCGGAUUGAAUGCUAAGGAGUUGUCUAAGUUGAGGAAGAAAUUUUCUUCCUAGCUUGCGCAUGAGGGUUUUGUUACACAAGUAUGUAUAGAUUCACACAUAUUUUACAUGUAUAUUAGUGUGAUUGUGUGUAAAUCGAAAGGUGAAAAAUUAUCUAGUAUAUUUUCACGAGGUGUAGCAUCUAAUAGAACAACAGUUGAGGCAGACCAAUAAUAAAUGAGAUCAAUAAUGAUGAUGAAGUUUUUAAAAA